AUGCUACAGCCAUCAUUAACAUACCGCAAUCUUCUCAGGUGGAACGUUCAAAGCUGGUUAGGAAACUACAAGGCGACGACUCUCGACGAGCUCUGGAUAGGGCUCUUAGCGCUAGAAGCUCUCUUGAUAGUGGGUGUCUUUAGCUUACGGGCCUUGGAAACAGUAGGUUGGAGGACGCAGAAGUCGCGGUUCAUGAGAUCUUAUACUAUACCGCCUUCAUCAGGAAUUUACGACAUUGCUCACCCGGAUGAUCUGCCUUCGGAUACAGAAAUCGUCGACUGCACAGACAAGAUUAUUUCUCCCGGCUUCAUUGAUACGCACCGACAUGGCUGGCAAACGGCCCUGAAGACUUUGAUACCCAACACUACACUACCAGCUUAUUUAUACCAAUUUGCUGGAGUUGCGUCGUCGCACAUCUACUCGGCCGAUGACGUAUACCUUGGGCAGCUCACAGGGCUGCUCGAGGCCCUCAACGCGGGCGUGACAACGUCGCUCGAUCAUGCCCACCACAUUUGGUCGAAAGAGACAGCCGAUGCUGGGUUUCAAGCCUCUGUCGACAGCGGUGCCAGGGUAUACUGGUGUCACGGAUUCAUUACUCACGGUGAUUAUUCGCUCACGGACCAAAUCGCCAAUUUCAGAAAGCUGGCUAAGUCAAGUCAGACGUCUGGCUUAGUGACCGUAGGCGCUGCAUUUGAUGGCUGGACGGUAUCUCCACCUGAGGACGUCAAUGCUGUGGUUUCUGUUAUUAAGGAGACAAAGAUUCCGGUGUUGACAACGCACUACUUAGGGGGACCGUGGAUGGUCAACAACUCACCCGAGCUUUUCCAACGUCUCGGACUCCUGGACACCAGGAUGGCCGUCGUCUUCUCGCACGCGACGGACAUAACGGCGACCGAAGCCAAGCUCCUCCGGUCCGCGAGCCAGUUCAUCUCCAUCACGCCGGAGUCGGAAAUGCACUACGGCCACGGCCACGCGACCGCGCACCUGGUGCAGGAGCAGGCCUCGCUGGGCGUCGACACCUUCAGCACCUUCUCGACGGACCUCCUGACCCAGGCCCGCCUCUGGCUCCAGCGCACCCGCUCCCGGCUCUUCGACCACGUCCUCGCCGGCUGGAAGCUGCCCGCCAACAACCCGAUGUCCGCCAACCAGGCCUUCCUGCUGGCCACGCGCCAGGGCGCGCGCGCGCUGCGCCGCCCGGACCUCGGCGUCCUCCGCCCCGGCGCGAAGGCCGACCUCGUCGUGUUCGACGGCCGGUCCCCGGGCAUGCUCGGGUGGCGGGACCCCGUCGCCGCCGUGGUCCUGCACGCGGGCGUCGGCGACAUCGAGCACGUGCUGGUCGACGGGAAGUUCCGCAAGCGCGACGGGAAGCUGACGUACGAGAACUACGACGAGCUCGCGGGGCGCUUCCUCGCGAGCGCGGAGCGGCUGCAGAAGAAGGCGGUCGAAAGCCCCGCGCCGGUGCUCGAGGGCCGGUUUUGGGGCGGUUGCGAAUUUGGUUAUGCUCCGGAGGUAAAUAUCUCUCGGGGAUCCGGCACGGGAUACGGGAAGCAGUUUCUCGAGAAGUAG